UUUUGUUUUAUGGCACAGUUAUGUGUUUUCCAUAGCACUGAUUACAAUGGUGUACACGGCCAUACAAGUUGGUAUAAAAGGUCAUGAACUUCGCACCGAAAAGGAUAUCAUUUCACCAGAUGUCGUGGUUUGGAUUGACUUUAUUGGAGAUCAGGUCAUGACAUACAUGCUACUAUCAUCAGCAUCAACUGGUGCCAUGAGUACAAACUUAGCAAGGAAUAUGGGAUACGUAAAUCCAAUCGUAGAGAAAGAAUCGACAGCGGUCGCCAUGGCUUUUCUAGCGUUCUUCUCUCUUGCAUCAGCUUCCCUCAUUUCAGGAUACCAUUUGUUCACUGAGUUAUCUAGAUCUUAAUUCUUAAGUAAAUAAUAAUUAACUCGAUCACACAUAAAUACAUCAUUGUAACUUAACAUUGAUCAAGUUUUUCCUGUUUUUUGUCCUUAUUUUUCUUCUUGUUCUUUCUUCAUUUCAUCUAAAGGAUUUAAUUAGUUUGUUGGGUUAAUUGAUUUAAUUUCCUCCAAAAAGUGGAAAUAUCUCUUGAAUGUUCAUUAUUGCCACAGGGUGUAUGACUUGAUCAAUUUCAAUCAUUUAAUUCAAUUUUUCUAGUCGGUAUUGUAUAUGGAUUAUGGAUAUAUAUUGCAUGCAUUACGGUGUGUGACUAAUCAUGA